AUGGAGUCUAAUAAGAGUUCUCCGACACGUAACGUGGUGAUAGCCGUGGACGGAAGUUCCCACUCCGAUAUUGCAUUUCAGUGGUAUCUGGAACAGUUCAGACGUCCUGGCGAUAAUGUCGUUCUUGUUCACUGCUUAGAGAGACACCAGGCUUUCCACGGGGCCAUGGGGACGGCGGACAUUGAAUCUGUCUGUAACAUAAUGGCACAAGAGGAAGAAACACAGAAGAAGUUAGGGGUAGAAUUUGAAAAGAAAUUAAAAUCAAACGGGAUACAGGGAUGUGUGAAAACGUCAUUUGGAAAACCUGGCGAAGUCAUUAUACGUCUCGCUAAUGAAGCACAGGCCAGUAACAUAAUCAUAGGUAGUCGAGGUCUUGGAACAGUACGUCGAACACUUCUAGGCAGCGUUAGUGAUUACGUAGUACACCACUCGGAAGUGCCCGUCACUGUGUGUCGUCACAAACAUCACACUGCGCAUGUCACAGAUCACGCGCAUUAGUUAUUCAUGCAAUUUA